AACCUACCAAAUACCAAACCCUUCUUUCUCUCACAAUAUCCAAAAAGAUGAAGCAAUAAAGCCCCUUCCAUGUGAAGCCCCUUUGAAAAUUCAAACCCUUCUAAAGCCUCCCCUCCCUCCCUUUUAAAUCUCCCUCUCAACCCCUCAAACCGCUGCUUAUGUUUAUAACAUGAACUUCAUUUCCUCACUCUUCGAACUUUGAUUUGUGUCUCCAUUUUUCUUCAGAUGACACAAUUAGCACCCCUAAUGCCCCUUUUAGUAUUGUUUUCUGCGCUGUCAUGCGUUUUAACAGUCGCAGCAUCUUUGCCCGGGGAUACUCAGAACUUGAUUCGGGUCAAGGCACAACUGUCCGACCCGGACGGAAAGCUCGACGACUGGGUUCCGGGCAGCAACCACAGUCCAUGCAAUUGGACGGGAAUCACCUGCGACCGGGACAACCACUCUGUGCUUGCUGUAAACUUAUCCGAGUUCGGUGUUUCGGGCGCGUUCCCGUUCGGGUUUUGUAGCAUUCGGACACUCCAGAACCUCUCUCUGUCCGCCAACUUCAUCAACGGCUCUCUCCAAACCAACACCCUCUCUCUCUGCUCCCACCUCCAUGUUCUCGAGCUCCACGAUAACCUCUUAGUCGGAACAUUGCCCGAGUUUCAGCCGGAGUUCACCGACUUGCGAAUCCUGAACCUCAUAAACAACAACUUCACCGGCGAUAUCCCGGCGAGUUUUGGCCGGUUUCCCUCCCUGCAAGUCCUGAUGCUCUCCGGGAACUUGCUCACCGGUACAAUCCCCAAGUUCUUGGGCAAUCUUACCCAGUUGACUCGCUUGGAACUCGCUAUCAAUCCAUUGAAGCCCGGCGAGUUGCCUUCCGAAAUUGGAAACUUGACGAAGCUACAGACCCUCUUCGCCCCGCAAUGCAACAUCAGAGGCCGCUUACCAGACUCCAUCGGAAACCUCGUCUCGCUGAUGAACCUCGAUUUGUCUACGAAUUUCCUAUCCGGUCCGAUUCCGGCAAGCAUCGGUGGAUUGAGGAGCGUGACGCAGAUCGAGCUGUACGAAAAUCACCUGGUCGGCGAAUUGCCUGAGAGCAUUGGAAACCUGACCUCUCUCCGGAACUUAGAUCUCUCUCUGAACGCCUUCACCGGAAAAUUCCCAGAAACAAUUGCAGGACUGCAAUUGGAGUCUCUGAAUCUCAACGACAAUCUCCUCUCCGGGGAGCUUCCUCCGAUCUUGGCCUCCAAUCCGAAACUGCAGCAGUUCAAGAUCUUCAACAACAGCUUCUCCGGCUCCCUCCCGGAAAAUCUCGGCCGAUAUUCCGAUUUGGCAGAAGUCGAUGUCUCGACGAACAAGUUUUCCGGCGAGCUGCCGAAGUUCCUCUGUUACCAGAAAAAGCUCUGGAAUUUCAUCGCAAUGGCGAACCAUUUCUCCGGAAAUUUACCCGAUACGUUAAACGAGUGUCAUUCUCUCGGAUACGUUCGAAUCGAAUUCAAUGAGCUCGACGGCGUCGUUUCGGACAAGUUUUGGGGUCUGCCUGGUCUCUAUUUCGUCACGAUGAACAACAACAGAUUCAACGGCAGCGUUUCGCCGUCGAUAUCGGCGGCUACUAAAUUCUCGACACUUAAGAUCUCCAGCAAUUCAUUUUCUGGCGAGCUUCCGUCGGCGAUUUGUAAGCUUACGAACCUAUCGAGCCUCGACGUGAGCAGAAACAUAUUCUCCGGCGACUUGCCGCCGUGCAUAACGGAGCUGAAGAUUUUGCAGAGGCUGAAAAUGGAGGAGAACAUGUUCUCCGGUGAAAUUCCGAGUGCAGUGAGUUCGUGGACCCAGUUGGCGGAGCUGAACCUAUCUCACAAUCGCAUAACGGGUCGGAUCCCACCCCAACUCGGUUACUUGCCGGUAUUGAAUUACUUGGAUCUCUCGGAGAAUUUACUCACCGGUGAGAUUCCUUCGGAGUUGACCAAGCUAAGGCUCAAUCAGUUCAACGUCUCGAAUAAUAAACUGUACGGAAAAAUACCUACUGGUUUCGAUUACAGUCCCUUCAACCUGGGGCUACUGGGUAACCCGAAUUUGUGCAGUCCGGAUCUGGAUCACUUCCCUACCUGCUCCAAACCCAGAUCUCCGACCCCAAUUUUGAUAGCCAUUUUAUGCGUGUGCGUUGUACUUCUACUCGGGUCGGUUCUUUCGUAUUUGAAAUUCCGGUCCAAAGCUUUUGGCGGUAAAACGAAGCGGCUCUGCAGGGUCACUACUUUCCAACGGGUCGGGCUUAAUGAAGAGGAGGUGAUGCAGUCUUUAACGAAGGAGAAUCUAAUCGCGACGGGCGGUUCGGGUCAUGUUUAUAAGGUUAAGCUGAAGACGGGGCAGACCGUGGCGGUUAAGAAGCUAUGGGGCGGGGCAAGGAAACCCGAAACUGAAUCCGCUUUCCUGUCUGAGGUGGGGACUUUGGGUCGGAUCCGACAUGGCAAUAUUGUAAAAUUGGUGUUUUGUUGUAGUGGUGAGGAGGACAGUAGGAUUUUGGGAUAUGAAUACAUGGAAAAUGGGAGUUUGGGUGACUGUUUGCAUGGUGAGAAGGUUGGGCCUUUGGCGGAUUGGGCCAAAAGGUACGACAUUGCCGUCGGGUCAGCCCAUGGGUUGGCCUAUCUACACCACGACUGCGCUCCGGAAAUCGUCCACCGGGACGUGAAGAGUAACAACAUACUAUUGGACGAGGACUGGACCCCGCUUGUGGCGGAUUUUGGACUGGCCAAGACUUUGCAGCGUGACAUGGCGGCCGGAGGUGGUGCGAUGUCACGGAUUGCUGGGUCCUACGGCUACAUUGCUCCAGAGUACGCAUACACGCUUCAAGUAACUGAGAAGAGCGACGUCUACAGCUUCGGUGUGGUGCUGCUGGAACUGAUUACUGGCAAGAGUCCGAAUGACUCGUCCUUUGGUGAGAACACAGACAUUGUGAAGUGGGUUAGAGAGGCUGCAAUGUCUUCUCCUGAAGUAGGAGAAGGCAGCAAUGACAAAGGUUUCUGCGGCUCCAAUCUCUGCCGGAUAAUCGAUCCAAGGAUUGAUCCGUCGACAUGCAACUACGAAGAGAUUCAGAAGGUUUUGAAGGUGGCUCUUCUUUGCACUGCUGCAUUCCCAAUUAACAGGCCCUCCAUGAGAAGGGUGGUCGAAUUGCUUAGAGAUCAGAAACCAUCUCGACCGUCCAAAAUGAUAAGCCUUUGAUUCGUUGUUGAAUAACUCAGUUACCAUCAGUCAAUGGGAUUUCGUAGCAUUGUGUGUAAAGAUUAGUGGUUCAAAAAUGGCCACCUUGGUUUAAAAUAUUGCUCAUUUUCAGCAGUUAUAAUGUAAGAACUAGAAGAAGAGAAAAAGUUUAUAUAUUUAUGAAGUAAACAUCUAGUAUUUGAUUGCCA